AUGGGCCAAGCACCUUCCGGCGCCAAGAGCGGGCGGCCCGCCUUGACGCAUUCGACGCCCACCUUGUUCCCAUUGCCGUCCGAUGAAUCCGAUCUCCCCGACAACGCCGUCCUCGAUGUAGAGCUCGAGAUCGUGUCCGCAAAAGACAUCAUUGCAGGCGACUAUUUAGGCGUCACGGCUCUUCUGAAGGGCCAAUUGAGCUCUAGCGACGCGUACGCAGUGAUCGAAGUGGACGGCCACAAAGUGGCCUGGACACAUCCAGUCUUUUCCACUCUGGAACCUGUUUGGAACGAGAAAUUCUUCUUUAAGAACGUCCGGCCCGACUCCUUGUGCAAGCUCUACUUGUUUGACAAGGACGUGAAUACCGAUGACGAGCUGGGAGAGACGCAGUUUACAGCGGCCAACACGGACGGCACCGUGUCAACGUUCGAGCUGGCCAUUUAUCUCCAUGGCCGAAGUGCCGGCACAAUUGUCGUCAAGGUCAAGUCAUUCCCGGUCGAGCCCAUGCGUCGUGUCGUGUGCCACGAGUACGGCCCUGUGCGUUAUUCGGUACACUCGAGUGUGACUGCUGGACUGAUGACCAUGUCCACGUCGAACGAGGCCAGGAUCGAGUCCCUGGCGUAUCAUAUUCAGUUGCAUAAUAUCCACCAAUUUUUGCCAACGGAGCACGAGUGGAACAAGGAUUAUCCGACAAUUCAACGGAUUUUCUCUCCCGAUUAUCCAGGGUCACCAGUGUUGCGUCAGGCCAUCAUGACGCAACACGCCGUGAUCUACACCCAUGGGCCGAUGAACACCAAGUACGGCGCCAUCUCGUCGCCGCGGGAGUUCUUCAAGCUGAUUCAUGAUGGCCGGCGACAGGAUAAAGCAGUGCUGUUCACCUACGUCAUCACCAAGAACGGCUGGUAUUUCUCCGAGACUGGUGCUGCGUUUUUCAAGGAUAUGUUGUCCAAGCACAUGUUGCACUCGGGUGCUGCGUUCUCGGUCUUGUAUGCUGGCGAGUUUCGAGUGGAUAACUACUUGUUUGGAGAACCAAAGCUCGUUAUUGACAACGAUAGUGGCACGUAUGCACCACCGAAAGAGGAUCUGCCACAACUUAAGGCACUUAUGGAGGAUAACUUCCCUGGAAUGACAGUCGAGGCGUUGAAUCGCGAAAACGAAGAGCAGCAGAAGACACGCAAGGAGAUUUUGGGCUCGUGGAUGUGA